AUGAAUUAUAACAUUUCUUUUCUUUUUUCUUUUCUUUCUGCAGUUAGCUUAUUUGCUACCUUCCCUACGUCACAACACUCAAUACCUACAUCACACCUUCCCUACGUCACAACCCUCAAUGCCUACAUCACACCUUCCCUACAUCACAACCUUCAAUACCUACAUCACACCUUGCCUACGUCACAACACUCAAUACCUACAUCACACCUUGCCUAUGUCACAACCCGCAAUACCUACAUCACACCUUCCCUACGUCACAACCCUCAAUGCCUACAUCACACCUUGCCUACGUCACAACCCUCAAUGCCUACAUCACACCUUGCCUACGUCACAACCCUCAAUACCUACAUCACACCUUCCCUACGUCACAACCCUCAAUACCUACAUCACACCUUGCCUACGUCACAACCCGCAAUACCAACAUCAAACCUUGCCUACGUCACAACCCUCAAUACCUACAUCACACCUUCCCUACAUCACACCUUCCCUACGUCACAAACCCUCAAUGCCUACAUCACACCUUGCCCUACGUCACAACCCUCAAUGCCUACAUCACAACAACCCUCAAUGCCUACAUCACACCUUCCCACAUCAAAACCCUCAAUAACUACAUCACACCUUCCCUAUGUCACAACCCUCAAUACCUACAUCACACCUUCCCUACAUCAAAACCCUCAAUACCUACAUCACACCUUCCCUACGUCACAACCCUCAAUGCCUACAUCAUACCUUCCCUACGUCACACCCCUCAAUGCCUACAUCACACCUUGCCAACGUCACAACCCUCAAUGCCUACAUCACACCUUCCCUAGUCACAACCCUCAAUGCCUACAUCACACCUUGCCUACGUCACAACCCUCAAUGCCUACAUCACACCUUGCCGACGUCACAACCCUCAAUGCCUACAUCACACCUUCCCUACGUCACAACCCUCAAUGCCUACAUCACACCUUGCCUACGUCACAACCCUCAAUGCCUACAUCACACCUUGCCGACGUCACAACCCUCAAUGCCUACAUCACACACACCCCUUGCCCAUCACACCUUCCCCCCUACGUCACAACCCUCAAUGCCUACAUCACACCUUGCCCACGUCCACAACCCUCAAUGCCUACAUCACACCUUGCCGACAUCACAACCCUCAAUGCCUACAUCACACCUUCCCGACGUCACAACCCUCAAUACCUACAUCACACCUUCCCUACAUCAAAACCCUCAAUACCUACAUCACACCUUACCUACGUCACAACCCUCAAUGCCUACAUCACACCUUGCCUACGUCACAACCCUCAAUGCCUACAUCACACCUUGCCUACGUCACAACCCUCAAUGCCUACAUCACACCUUGCCUACGUCACAACCCUCAAUGCCUACAUCACACCUUCCCUACGUCACAACCCUCAAUGCCUACAUCACACCUUCCCUACGUCACAACCCACAAUACCUACAUCACUUCACUCACCUCAGUUGGAUUACCCUUUUUUUCCUUUUUCCCAUUACCCUUCUUCUAUUUUACCAUUAGCAUUCUUCCAUUUUACCAUUACCCUUCUUCCAUUUUACCAUUACCCUUCUUCCAUUUUAACAUUACCAUUCUUCCAUUUUUCCAUUACCCUUUUUCUAUUUUACCAUUAUCAUUUUUCUCUUUUACCAUGCCCAUUCUUCCUUCUUACUGUUUUCCAUUGUCCUUUCUUCCUUUUGUCCAUUCUUUCAUUUUGCCAUUGCCAUUCUUCCUUCUUUACCAUGACACUUCUUUUUUCUUCUUUUUUACCAUGA